GGAAGAGUCCGCAUCGAGCGGACGCAGUGAAACCAUCAGAGGACCGGAUCCACCAGGGGACCGGAGACCACCAGGGGACCGGGGACACCAGGGGACCGGAUCCACCAGGGGACUGUGUGGGGAAACCAGACCGAGCGAAGCAGCCUCGUUGACAGAUGCAGUUGAUCUCCGCUGAGUGGAUCAAGGCCCACUAACGCGGCUUCCUGCUCCGAUGACCCGCCUCCUCUGAGUCCCAAGUGCACCUUCUUGAGCGUUGACCGGUGGGCGGGGCCAGCCCUGCCAGGAGGGCGUGGCCGACGAUGGACAGCCGAUGCAGCAGCAGCGCCGAUUCGCGGCUGACCGGCAGGGGGGUGGGGUCUAUCAACACGACGCCCAUCUGCGCCAGGUCGUACGAAGCCGUGGAGAAGAAGUGCAUCUCCGACGUGAGGAGGACCUUCUGCCUCUUCGUCACCUUUGACCUCUUGUUCAUCACCUUGCUCUGGAUCAUUGAGCUGAAUGUGAACGGAGGCAUUCAGCAGCAGCUGGAUAAAGAAAUCCUGCACUACGACUACCAUGCCUCCUUCUUCGACAUCUUUCUCCUGGCUGUUUUCAGGUUUGCUGCCCUCAUCUUGGCCUACGCCGUCUUCAAGCUGGGUCACUGGUGGGCCAUCGCUGUCACCACUGCAGUCAGCUGUGCUUUCCUGAUCGUUAAGGUCAUUUUAUCAAAGCUGCUGUCUCAGGGGGCCUUCGGGUACCUGCUGCCCAUCGUCUCCUUCGUGUUGGCCUGGAUUGAAACAUGGCUGCUCGACUUCAAGGUUCUGCCUCAGGAGGCCGAAGACGAAAACCGAUAUCAGUCCUUCGUGGACGCCACACAGCGAGCUCCUCUCAUGUGUGCCGGUCCGUUAUCUGACGGACAGUUCUACUCUCCACCCGAGUCUCUGGCAGACUCUGACGAGGAGCUGGACGAUAAACAUGAUCCAGAAAAAGGGCUGAUUCAGCAGGUGACCUAACAGGAUCAUCACGUCUGGGUUGUUUCUCCGUUUUGCUCCCGUCGUGCUACUGAGGGAAAAUUCUGCCUUAUGCAUUGUGACAUUUUUAGUUUUUAUUCACCUCAAACGAAGUCUUUGUAAACUACAAACGCACUUCAGCGUGUGAUAUCAGCCUCGUGCAUGAACACAGAAAGGCAAAGUGCCGCUUCAAAAGCAAUGUCAGUGUCUUGUGGUCAUUUUUAGAAUCCUGUUUUUUUUCUGUACCUUUCUGAGGAGAAUUCAAAUGAACGUUAUCGAUACACUUAUGAUCACUUUCACAACUGUUUCUUCCUUCUUGAGGGUAUUAACGUCUUAUAUUCGCAUCAUGUUUACUUUGAGUUUGUUGAUCAUUUCCAUGUGGGUGGAUUUAAAGUCACUGUAAAGAAAAGUAAGCUCGCUCCAGGGAGGAACAGGAGGAACUCUCCGGCCAGUAUUGAAUUCACGGACGGCGUUUGUAGCAAAUGGAAGUGGAAAUAUUUACGAUUAUUGUACAUAACUUCAUGCAUGCCUUGCCCAGUGGUUUUGUUUUUAUGAAAAGCUUGCCUGUAAAACAGAAUCAUUAAAAUGUGAAACUCG